GAGGGAGGGGUGUAGGAUUGGAAUUCCCAAUUCUAUAUCCCUUGGGGUUCACACCUCACCACUUUUUCCACCUUUUAGUCAGAUGAAUGAAAAAUAUAAAUGUAUUUGUCCUAACAUUGGAAUAUGGUGGGCGUCUCUAUCUCAACUUCUAAUGCGAUGGAGGUCCUGGUGACGGAGCUCAACAUUCUGCUGAAGCUGCUGGACCACGAGACUCUGAGCUCUACAACUGAGGAGAAGAAGACCUCUGUUAGGAACCUUCUGAAAUAUAUACAGCCCACAGGACCAGACUACUUGUAUAUGAACCAAUCAAUCUACAAGCACGGCACCAGCUUUGUGGAAUCCCUCUUCGAGACCCUUGACUGUGACAUGGGGGAGCUGAAAGACAUGACAAAGGACCAGAAGCAGGACACACACACUGACACACACAGACAUGAAACAACAGCGUUAAAACAGAGUAGUCCAGACUCCUCUCCCCCCCGCUCAUCAGAGACCCCUCCGCCCCUGCCCACCACCCCCCAUCCUGAGGCUUACUAUGAAGAGGCAGUACCUCUCAGCCCUGGCAAGCAGCCAGAGUACAUCUCCACACGUGGGAGCUCCAGCCCUCCUAACUCCAUAGAAGAUGGUUACUAUGAGGAUGCAGACAACAACUCUCCUUCUACCUGCAUCAACGGACGACAACGCAAAAACUCCUACAAUGACUCUGAUGCUCUGAGUAGUUCCUAUGAGUCGUAUGAGGAAGAUGAAGAGGAAAGGGGAGCAGGGCCAAGGUCCAGGCUGACCCACCAGUGGCCUAGUGAUGAGAGCUCCAUGCUCCCUGCCAGGGACUGUAGGAUCUGUGCCUUCCUGCUGCGAAAGAAACGCUUCGGACAGUGGGCUAAGCAACUGACUGUCAUACGGGACAACAGGCUACAGUGCUAUAAGAGCUCUAAGGAUGUGUCCCCAUAUUUUGACCUGCCCUUGCUCCAGUGCACUGUGGUCUACGCCCCUAAAGACGGACGCAGGAAGAGACAUGAGCUGAGGUUCACUCCACCCAGUGGAGAGGCUCUGGUCUUGGCUGUGCAUAGCAGGGAGCAGGCACACAGGUGGCUCAGGGUGGUCCAUGAAGUUAGUCAGGGAAAAGGACCAGAAGAGCCCACUUCUCCCAUGAUGCCCAGAAAGACUGAGCUGGACAAGCGGCUGUCUGGUGAGAAGACUAUGGCAGACCCAGAGAGUGUGGGAGUGACUACAGGAGAGAAUAACAGGGACAACAGAGAGAAGGGUAAGGUGAAGCGGGGGGCUCUAGCAGCAGGUCGUAAGAUAACACGUAUCAUCAGUUUCUCCAAGAGGAAGCACCUCCUACCUGGCGACGCCCGCCCCCCCUCCUUAGACACAGACCCUCGACGAGGCUACCUGUCUGUGUUGGUGAGUCAGGUAUGGCGGGACCAGUGGUGUUGUGUGCGUGAGGGUUCUCUCUACUUCCACCCUGACAGAGGAGACCCCCGGCCCUCCCUGGCCCCUCUACCCCUCCAUGGGUGUGAGGUGUUCCCAGGACUGGGCACCAAACACCCCUUCACCCUCAGGAUACUGAAGGGAGGCACAGAGGUGGCUGCAUUGGAGGCGUGUAGUUCUGAGGAUUUGGGGCGAUGGCUGGGUGUUCUGCUGGCAGAGACAGGUACAGCCACAGAUCCAGAGUCACUACACUACGACUAUGUUGAUGUGGAAACCAUCGCUAACAUCAGAGAUGCCGCGCGACACUCUUUCCUGUGGGCCACAUCUGCUAGUAGCACUUCCACUGACUCCAGGAUGUAUGACGAGGUUCCCUAUGAGGAAGAGCAGCCUGAGGAAGAUGCCGGACCGAAGCAGAGGUCCAGCUUCUCCACUAAAUACUCUGCUGUGACCAAACCUGAUGCCAAUCAAUAUGGUCUCUAUGGGAAAACACGAGCGGAGGAGGACGCUAAACACUACUUGAAAGAGAAAGAAGAGCUGGAGAGAGAGAGGGAUGGAAUACGGAACACUCUGCUGACACUGAGACAAGCGAGGAGAGAGGUGAAGGAGAGGUUGAAGACUGCUUCAGAGGAGCAGAGGAGCUCCCUGAGUGAGCGUGUGUCCCAGCUAGAGGAGGCUUGCCGGGGGAAGGAGAGUGAGAGGGUGGACCUGGAGCUCCGUCUCACCCAGGUUAAAGACAAUCUGCAGAAGAGUCUAGCAGGAGGAGCUCUGGGGGCACCUGGGGAGAGCAAACCCUCCAGCAAGGUCUACAGUAGAUCCUGCUGCUCUGGAUCUAUACCCGUCAGCUGUAACAAACCUGUCUACUCUUCCUCUAGAGGAACAGUCAUGCAGAAAGCCAAGGAAUGGGAGUCGAAGAAAUGCGCUUAGGGCAUAAGGAUGUUAAAGCAAGAUUGGAGAUGAUUGGAGGCAUAUCAGAGAGAGGAUGUGUUGUUCAGAUUAUUGUAGAGAUGGACGAAAUGAACACAUAUUCAGGAUAUUGAGCCAGUGUACAGAAAGGAUAUUCAUUUACCUUGAUAAACCACAGAGAAAGGGACAUUGAGAGAUUUAAGAAUGUUCCAUAGAAGAGGAAUGGAAGACAAUGGACAUGGAAGGAAAACUCUGUGAUUUACUGUACAAGCUUUAAAGGGAUACUUCCAGAUUUUGGCAGUUUAGCCCAUUCCUAGCUCCAUGCUACUGUAACUUCUCCUGUAGACUUCCAGUCAUUUCACUAAAGUUAGUUAACAAGGGCUCCAGAACCUACCUUCAACGUCCUUAAAACUACACACAGAGACAUAAAAAAUGGUAUCCAUGAGUUCCUCUGACUCUGGGUCCUUUGAUAAAAGGGCUUACACUUUUACUGCAGUGGCCUAAAUCAGGGUCACACAGAGUGUUUCUUGGUAGUCUUAAACAAUUCUCCAUUGAAACAAAAGUAUACACCUCACACACAUGGUUAUGGGCUUAAGAAAAGAAGACAUCUGUACCAUGUCAGAUAUAGAGUUGAAAUGUAUUCAGUUUUGAGUUUGCUUCCCAGUAUUACACUUUAUAUACAUAACAGAAGACUAACAUUUUACAAAACUGUUUGACAUAGAAACAAUGGAUUUUUUUUUAAAUAAUCUUUGUUAAAGCAAGAUUUGAGAAAAUCUUUGAAAAAGCAAGAAAAAUAUAAUUAACAUUCCACCCAUGAGUCCAAAGAGAUAUUUUGUUAGUUGACUGCGGGAAGUAAAGAAAGAGAUAUUUUGUUAGUUGACUGCGGGAAGUAGGGUUGCUGAUAGUGCUGCAGCUCCCGCUGAAAAAUCUGAAUCUUUUUUUAUUUCACUGCGCCUUUACUAGUCCUAUAUUAGCGUAACGAUAUAGUUAUCUGUUUUGUGUAUAGUAGGAUUAUUUUCACACUUCACAAUGGUCCUUUUCCCCUCUGACUAUAAACAAUACAAUUAUUAACAAAUGGUGCUAAUAAUAGAUGUAACUGUAAAUAUUAUCUGAACAAUGGACACCAGGUGCCAAUACCUAUCUACAGGAAUUCACACCACUGAUUCUUUCUAAAACUCAUCAAAUACAGAGCCUUCAGAAAGUAUUCAGACCCCUUUACUUUUUCCACAUUUUGUUACGUUACAUCCUUAUUCUAAAAUAUAUAUAUAUUUUAAAUCCUCAAUCUACACGCAAUGCCCUAUAAUGACAUAGCAAUAACAGGUUUUUAGACAUUUUUGCUAAUUUAUAAAAAAUACAAAUAAAAACUGACAUAUCACAUUUACAUAAGUAUUCAGACCCUUUACUCAGUAUUUUGUUGAAGCACCUUUGGCAGCGAUUACAGGCUCAAGUCUUCUUGGGUAUGAUGCUACAAGCUUGGCACACCUGUAUUUGGGGAGUUUGUCCCAUUCUUCUCUGCAGAUCCUCUCAAGCUUGGCACACCUGUAUUUGGGGAGUUUGUCCCAUUCUUCUCUGCAGAUCCUCUCAAGCUCUGUCAGGUUGGAUGGGGAGCGUUGGUUGGAUGGGGAGCGUUGCUAUACAGGUCUCUCCAGAGAUGUUAGAUCGGGUUCAAGUCCGGGCUCUGGCUGGGCCACUCAAGGACAUUCAGAGACUUGUCCCGAAGCAACUCGUGCGUUGUCUUGGCUGUGUGCUUAGGGUCAUGGUCCUGUUGUAAGGUGAACCUUCGCCACAGUCUGAGGCCUGAGCGCUCUGGAGCAGGUUUUCAUCAAGGAUCUCUCUGUACUUUUCUCCUUUCGUUUUCGCCUCGAUCCUGACUAGUCUCCCAGUCCCUGCCGCUGAAAACAUCUCCACAGCAUGAUGCUGCCACCACCAUGCUUCACUGUAGGGAUGGUGCCACGUUUCCUCCAGACGUGACGCUUGGCAUUCAGGCCAAAAUGUUCAAUCUUGGUUUCAUCAGACCAGAGAAUCUUGUUUCUCAUGGUCUGAGAGUCUUUAGGUGCCUUUUGGCAAACUCCAAGCGGGCUGUCAUGUGCCUUUUAGUGAGGUGUGGCUUCCGCUGGCCACUCUACUGUAAAGGCCUGAUUGGUGGAGUGCUGCAGAGAUGGUUGUCCUUCUGGAAUGUACUUCCAUCUCCACAGAGGAACUCUAGAGCUCUAGCAGAGAGACCAUCAGGUUCUUCUCCCCCGAGACCAUAAGGCCCUUCUCCCCCGAUUGCUCAGUUUGGCUUGGCAUCCAGCUCUAGGAAGAGUCUUGGUGGUUGCCAACAUCUUCCAUUUAAGAAUGAUGGAGGCCACUGUGUUCUUGGAAACCUUCAAUGAUGCAGACAUUUUUUGGUACCUUUCCCCAGAUCUGUGGCUCGACACAAUCCUGUCUCGGAGCUCUACGGACAAUUCCUUCAACCUCAUGGCUUUGUUUUUGCUCUGACAUGCACUGUCAACUGUGGGACCUUAUAUAGACAGGUGUGUGCAUUUCCAAAUCAUGUCCAUUCAUUUGAAUUUAGCACUGGUGGACUCCAAGUUGUAGAAACAUCUCAAGGAUGAUCUGUGGAAACAGGAGGCACCUGAGCUCUGUUUCGAGUCUCAUAGAAAAGGGGCUGAAUACUUUUUUUUUUCACUUUGUCAUUAUGGAGUAUUGUGAUGUCAUUAUGGGGUAUUGUGAUGUCAUUAUGGGGUAUUGUGUGCAUAUUGCUGAGGACUUUUUUUAUUAAUCCAUUUUAGAAAAGGCUGUAACGUGUGGAAUGUGGAAAAAUGUGGAAAUCCACAAUGUGGAAAAAGUCAAGGGGUCUGAAUACUUUCCGAGGCCACUGUAACCAGGUCAUGUAUUUUAACACAAGCAGACCCUCAUUUGUGAUUGAUGUUUGCACUUUACUGAUUUAUUUCCUACUACCUGGAGGUGGUUUAUGGGUUGUGAUAAAUACAUUAAUAAAUACAUGUUCUCAGAAAACCAA